UAAUACGACUCCCCUGUACAAUUAGUGGUCUCUUGGCGCUCAGCUGUAUAAUCAGGCUAGCAACUUUUGUUGGGUUUUAAAGAAUAAUGUUAUCCUUGCGACCGUGGUGUAACGCAGACGCCAUGUCUUUCUCAAGAUGAACGUGCUGCUUCUGAAAGAGCCAAAUGAUGGAGACCAAGGGUCUGAUCCUUACAACCAGGAAAUGACGAACGUUGGCCUGCGAGCAACCCUUCUACCUGUGCUAUCGUUUAAGUUUGUUUCACUAAACACCCUAUCAGAAAAGGUUUUCCAAACGGAAAAAUAUGGUGGCCUUAUAUUUACAAGCCCAAGAGCAGUGGAAGCAGUGAAGAUGUGCCUUGGGGACAGAAGAGAAGAAUGGGAGCGCAUAGCGAAAGACAAAUGGAAUGCAAAGUCCGUUUAUGUGGUGGGGAAAGCGACGGCUGCCUUAGUACGCCGCCUUGGCUUGAACCCACUCGGUGAGGACACGGGGACGGCGGAAGUCCUGUCGCGUGCCAUCAUUGAACGAGAGGACACCGGUAUCCUCCCUCUUUUCUUCCCUUGUGGCUCCAUCAAAAGAGAAGUUCUGCCUGUGGCUUUAAGGGAGAAUGGGGUUCCCCUCGAGACGUUGACUGUCUAUCAAACAGCCGUGCAUCCUGACGUGGUGAAGAAUCUUACAGACUAUUUUGCUGCACAGGGCCCCCCAGCUAGUGUGGCCUUCUUCAGCCCAUCGGGAGUCAACUUCUGUCUGCAGGCCUUGCGCGGGCUGGCCGGUGAGCAGCUUGCGCGAAUAAAGUUGGCCGCCAUCGGGCCCACCACGCGGGACGCCAUGCUGGCGGAGGGUCUGAGCGUCAGCUGCACCGCCAAGAAGCCCACGCCGCAGCACCUGGCGGAGGCCAUAAGCAAAGCGCUAAAAUGACCAUCUGAACUUUAUCGGUCAAGUGUGUUUACCGGACACUAUUAGGUACACCUAACCGUUAUCAAUUGGUUGAGGAGGACUAUGUUCAGGUAUGGACAAAAAGGCAGAUGCAGUUCAUGUCGCCAUGAAACAAAAAUGGCCGACCACCUAUGCGCUUCACAGCAUAGGUUCUAAAUUGAUUUUUGUGCAUCCUGUCAUGUUGAAUGCGUGUGUGGGAUUCCGUCAACUGGACACAAUUGUGACGGCUGCUAAUAUUUAGGAACUAGUGUUCCCGUACAUUUUUGUAAUUUGCUACUAUUGGAUUCACCUAUUUACAGAUCUUUUUUUUUUUGUUUGUUUGCUGUCAUAUGUUGUACCUCUAAAAGUGUCUAUUAUUUGCUCGGAUACCAAUUUUCGCAAGAUUUGGUGAGUAUAGUGUGUUCACUAGCCCAAAGGUAAUUUGUUUCCAAAAUACAAAUUUUUGUGUUGUCAAUUUGACGUAUUUUAUGUAAAUUGGUCACACCGAAAAAGGAAAAAGGUUCCCCACCCUGCAAGUGUACCUAAUAAAGUGUCCUGUGAAUGUCCAUUUGAAAUUA